UUGAUACAAGUACCCACUAUGAAUUGAUUGAAUUAUUAAUUUCUCAGAUUUACGCAAAUGUACAGAUGGAACUUUUAUUGAUUUAAUAGUCAAUAAUGAAAAUCUUCCGGCGGAGACGAUUAGUUUAUGCCACCAAAAGGUGUUGGAUGGUUGUAAAAAUGCAUCAUCAUUGUAUGUAGUUACAACAGGCACAAUAAAGCUUAAAAAUUUACCGACAGAAGAGAUUUUGAUGGUAGUUGCUGAUCUCGAAAAUCAUGCUGUUCCGUGUAUGAUUGUCAUUGGAAAACAGCGAAAAGAAGCUAGUUACUCCGAAGCUUUGGGUAUUAUUGCAGCAACGAUUCCGUCAAUAAAAAUGGUCUACACUAACUUCGAAGUAAGAUUGAGGAAUCAGCUGGCAAUUAAGUAUGAUCUUCAUAAAGAUGACAAUGAUACCAUUAUCAUACGAAAAGUGAUAGCUUUGAGUAUGAUUCUUUCAACAGCUACUCAACAAUUAUACUUCAUACUGUGGCAGUCAUCACCUUUGACCGAAAGGACACGUUUCGAACCGUUUCUUACUGAUUUCAAUAAAAUUUGGAUUCAAAAUGCUGUGAACGAGUGCUGUGCCUAUGAAAAUAUGGCUAUUUUCAACGACUGUCAGCGAUCUGCACUUCUCUAUGUUGCUACGCCAAGGACCCGAGCAUUAGUAGAUAAAGCGCAGUAUUGUGAAAAUGCAAGAGUGCUGGAGAAGGAGCAGAUCACUUUAAAUACCUUUAUUAAAAGUUGUUCCUUCUUAGUACGCGACAUUCUUGAAAACUGUAAGUUUGAACGCGAGUAUGAAGCUGAGACGGAUACUGAUUGUUUCUCAGAUAAUAAUUCUCAGAAUUCUUCAUUAAAAUCAGGUCUAGAUCUUCAAAGCAUCGGUUUCAUCAAUGACACUGAUAUUUAUGAGGAGUUGGAUUAUAAAUCAAAAUUGGAGAAAAUAACACAGCUUACCGAUGACACGGAUAACAUCAUGGAAUCUGAAAGCGAGGAUGUAGCUGUUAGUGUUCAAACCGAAGAAGUUGCUGAUGUUCAACCCGAACAAGCUGCUGAUGCUCAACCCACAGAAGUUACUGUCGUACAAGAUCCAAUGAGUAUUGAGAGGGCGACCACACUUGUACAAAUGAUAGAGGAAAAUGAAAAUCCAGCAGUCAACCUUUUAAAUCAAGAUGGUGAUCCGAUUUUAUGUGUUGCAUGCUUUACUAGUGAAACGCAAAACAUAUUUAGUCCGUGCGGUCAUACCACCCUUUGCAGACAUUGCACAACUAAGAUUUUAUUUCAAUUUAUCUCAGGAGCUACUCCAGAAUUUAAGUGUAACGUUUGUUGGAGUCCUUUUGAAGAACUCCAACAACUAUUAUUUAUAGAUUAG